GAAACCAAUCUAAACAAUCUUUUUAACAGUUACAAGUUCAAUAGAUAUUCAAUAGAGAUGCUUCUUGAAAAUAUAUUUUAUUAAAUAAUUUAAAAUUUAAUAUGGAAAAUCUGCCACUUAUACCAGGCUAUACAUUUCAAGAUCCAAAUAUCAAAGACUAUAGGUUAUUACAAAAAUUUCAUUUUUUAAAUGGUUAUCGUGUAGUACGUGAUAGACACAGUGGUAUCGGAGGAAGACCAAUAGAUAUUGCAUCUAGUGCUUAUGUAAAAGAAGAGGAUUGUGUACAUUAUGAUCCAUCAUUAACAUAUGGUCGUGUAAAGGAAUAUGCAUAUCGACAAUUCAUUCCACACUAUGCGCUAUUUGCGCAGAAAUGCCUCUGCUUUAAAGCAUUUUUUCGUCAAGGAGUUUUUAAUUCUCCAGAUGAACAUUUUCGUAUACGUCAUGUUAAUAUAAUAUAUCAUUUGGAGGAUGAUACUAUAUGUGUAAUUGAGCCUGCAAUUGAUAAUGUCGGCUUUCAGCAAGGCAAGCUUGUUAGACGUGAUAAAAUUAUAAAAAAUAUAAAUGGCGACACAUUUCAUUGGAAAGAUUUUAAUGUUGGAAUUGACGUAUGUAUUUAUGGUGUAGUCUAUCAUAUUAUUGAUUGCGAUCUAUUUACUAGAGAGUAUUUAAAUAGCCAAGGUAUAGAUGUUGGAGAUAAGGAAGAACCUCCUGUAGAUCCUUAUACAGAACUGAGAUUGAGCAAGCAGAAAACAUUAACUUGUAUUACAAAAAUAUCAGAUGAUGAUAGACGACGAUUUUUAGAAUAUGAUAAAAUGGUAUUAUUGUUUACUGCAACUUGGGAUGACGAUAUUUAUCAGAUUAUGUAUUUCUUGAUGGACGAUACGAUCGCUGUUCGUGAAGUACAAAAACCGAAUAGCGGAAAAGAUCCGGUACCAAUGCUAUUAAAAAGAAUGAAAGUGCCAAAGGAUUGGAAAAAUUUACCAUCAACUCAUCCUGCUGCAUAUAUGGAAUAUGGCGAUCCAGAGAUCAUUGAAUACUAUACACCAAGUGACUUUUUAAUAGGUGGUACAGUUUUUAUAUUCAAUCGACGAUUUUUUUUGCAUGAUUGUGAUUCCUUCACACGAAAAUAUUAUUCAGAUAUGUUAGGAAUAACGCAACCGGAAGCAAUUCCUUUUCCAACAAAAGAUGUUAUAGCUGCACCAGAGUAUAAACCUCCACCACAUAUAAUCUUCGGUACACCUGAAGAUACUUACGUUUCUUGUCUAUCAUUUAUACCGGAACCACCUAAGAAAGAUGUCAUUCGACAACUUCUUAAUUUCCCUAGAAAACUACGUUAUUCUAUGAAAAUAGACAUGGUACAUCCGGAGGAUAAAAGUCGCGACUUUAUUUUAGAAUACAGUUUAAGUGACGGUACUGUACUCGUACAGGAACUUCAAAAACGUAACUCAGGACGUCGCGAAGGUUGUUUCCUAAAAGCAACAUUGGUUGCAAAACCAAAGACUGGAAGAGAUAAUCCAGAAUAUUAUACCCCUCAAGAUUUCUAUGUCGGUGCAAAAAUUAAUAUUUUUAAUCAUUAUUUCAUAAUAACUGGCGCUGAUCUCUUUGUGUAUCGUUACAUUGAAGCGAAUCCUGAGAAGUUUCCACAAAAAGUACGAGAUAGUAUUCGUAAUUAUUUAGUUAAGCAAAAUUUACUUUCCACCGAUAUAGGGACAGAAACGAAAAAGAUUCAAGAUAAUGAAGAAGCGAAAUUGCAAUCGCUUGAACCCUCUAGAGAGACCGUUGCAAGAGAUAUUAAUAUGAAACAAUGUAUAAAGGAUUUUGAAAUUCAAACUAAAUGUCGAUAUGAAGGAGAACACGGUGAAUUACGACCACGCACACCACCACCAGAAGAACUUUGUCCAGAUUUAAUAACAAAUAAUAAACAACCAUCUCAUCAAGAUCCAAAGACAUUUACUGAAAACAAAGUAAAAAAGUAAAUAAAAUGGGAUGAUCAGGUUCAAUGAUGAUAAAGAAAUAUUAUUUCUGAUCAAUAAUUACGUUCAACACAAUAUUUUCAACAAAUUUACAAAUAUACAUUAAUUUAUCACACUUUAAAA